CGUCUGACUAGUUUGCUCGUCCGGCGCGAACGACUUCACAGUUCCAUCGCUCAGCUGCUGGUGGUCGCAUGUGCCCACUGAAACCGAUUAAACAUGUCUAAGAGCGGGCUAGAGACGCGGGCGGCAGGCAGCAAGGCGACGGAGACCACGCCACUGGUUGCAAAGACUGAAUUGGAAGGUGGCGAUGGCAAUGACAAGGGAGGAGGCCUGUCCACCACUCAGACGGCGUUCCUUAUCGCCGGCGAGAUGGCGGGCAGUGGAGUACGGCUGCCGCGCGCGCUCGUCAAGACAGGAUGGGUUGGCGUUCCCAUCAUCAUAGUGAUGUGCAUGGUGGCUGCCUUCAGCGGCAAGCGGCUCGGCGACUGCUGGACUAUUAUCGAAGACCGGGACCCCAACAUGAGAAGCAGGAAGAGGAACCCUUACGCCAUCAUCGCUGAGCAGACUCUCGGCAAGACCUGGAGCGUGAUCGUAUCCAUGGCCAUCAUUGUGACACUAUUCGGCGCGUCUGUGGUGUACCUGCUCCUAGCUGCGCAGAUUAUCGAGCAAGUGUUCCUGGCGAUCGUCCCUUCGCUCACCAUUUGUACCUGGUACCUCAUUGUGGUCGGCGCUAUGACUCCGCUCAUGUUCUUCGGAACACCUAGGGACAUGACUUUCACCGGCAUCAUCGCUUUCGGUUCGACGGUGAUCGCGUGCGUGCUGUAUUUCAUUGAGAUGAUGAACGAGAUCCAUCCGUUCGUGUUCCGCUGGGGUAUCCAUGGCUUCCAGGAUUUCUUCCUCGCAUUCGGCACCAUCAUGUUUGCGUUCGGCGGUGCCUCCACGUUCCCAACCAUCCAAAACGACAUGACUGAUAAGACCAAGUUCAGCAAGAGCCUGCACUACAGCUUCAUCGCGAUCCUACUGCUGUACUUGCCUAUUGCCAUUGGUGGAUACGCGGUGUACGGCGAAUCGGUGGCGUCCAACGUCGCAGCAUCGCUGAUGGCGACCCCCCUUACUCUUGUUGCCAACGUGCUGAUGGCUAUUCACCUGGUAUUCGCCUUUAUCAUCCUCAUCAACCCUGUCUGCCAAGAGAUGGAAGAGCUAUACAGCGUCCCACAGGACUCGAUCGGCUGGCGCAUGGCGGUUCGCCUGUCCAUCAUGGCGGGUAUCCUGUUCAUCGGCGAGAGCGUGCCGCGGUUCUACACUAUCCUGGCGCUGGUUGGUGGCAGCAGCGUCGCCUUACUCACCUACAUUCUGCCCUCCUACUGCUAUCUGAGCCUCAUCUCCCAGGCGCCCAGGCCAGGCCAGGCUGCUGUUGAGACUCCCGGCUGGAUGAAGAUGGUGUGCUACGAGGUGAUCGCGCUGGGAGUACUGGGCGGCAUCGCAUCCACCUACAGUGCCAUCAGUGCCAUCUUCAGCACCGCGCAGGCCACUCCUUGCUACCUGUGAUAAGCGCUCAGCCCCAGGGGUCUUUAACUACACACUGGAUACAACACUCGCGAUAUCUUCAACGGCAUCUGAUACUUCAGCGUUUAGACUAUACCCAACUUUAAAAUGUCAUCUUACACUUAUUCAAAUCUUUACCAAUAGGAUUUUUAUCUCUAGUAUUCUAACAAAUAUGUUCUUUGGUGAAAGUACUUCUAUAUGAAUGCUGUUUGCAUUCAAAGGAACUGUGUUACGAUGUCAACUGGCAAAUAUUAGAUAUUUAUAA